CACACAUCUUUUCCGCUCCACUGACAUUACGAGUUCGGACUCCGUAGUUGCUGCAUUGGUUCAGCAGCACAGGUGCUUGUACAUCCUCUCACUGCACCACUGUACCCGAGAACUGGAAUAAGACUGGAACAAAAUAGCAGCUGCAAGCAACCAGAGGGGCAAAGAAAUGACAGGCAAGAGAUGAAGAGAAGGUUUGCACUGAAAAUGCGUGAGGUCGCUCUACUGUCCUGUAUACUGCUGCUGCUGCUUUUGGCCAGGUGCGUGAAUGCAGCAUGCCCCUCUGUAUGUUCCUGUAGUGAAAGCGACAGAGAGGUGGACUGCUCCUAUAGAGGACUGAGAACCCUUCCCAGUGGUUUCCAGCUUAACAUUAAUUUUCUCAAUCUGUCCCACAACCGCCUGGCUGACCUCGACCAUGUCCUGGCCCCCUACACCCACCUUCGCACACUGGACGUCUCUCACAACCGACUUUCGCGCAUGCCUGCCUUGUUGCCCCGCUCGCUCUGGGAGAUUCACAUCUCAGGGAACCGCAUCCGCCUUCUGGAGAAAAAUGACACCGCUUACCACUGGAACCUGCGUCUGCUGGAUUUGUCAGCAAACAGGCUAGAGCGGGUUGUGUUCAUCAACAAUACGUUAUCCAGCCUGCAGACUCUCAACCUCAGCUGCAACAAGUUCUGGACCGUGCCUACUAACUUGCCCCGAAACCUGGAGGUGGUGGAUCUGUCGCACAACACACUGGUACAGAUCCUGCCUGGGUCACUAGACCGUCUACCCAGACUAUCACACUUCUAUCUUCAUGUCAAUCGCUUUUCCACAGUGUGCGAAGGUGCCUUUGAACAGCUUCAUGGAUUGAGACUAAUCACACUAGGAGACAAUCCUUGGGCCUGUGACGACCACUCCAUCAUCGCGUAUCUGCUGGACUGGACCAGACAGACUUCAGCCCGUGUGCUGGGGUGCCCAUGCCACACAUGGUCAGUCUGUGGAGAUGCUCAGCUUGCAAGGGUGACAUCAGGGUGGUACUUUGCUUCCUACACACUUGCUCCAUAUGGUAAGGUGGGAUGGGAGUUCAAUCGUCUCCUAUCUGGUGUGACCACCCACUACAGAUCUGAAGAAGUGCUCACUGACACGGAGUACACCAGGAAGGCUCCAAAAAUCACCAGUCAUUUAGACGACACUGCGGAAUCUUUUGGACAUGGUUUUCUUUUGACCUCCACUUCAGAAAGUCUUACUGCUACUAGCCUGCACAUCCCCACAGACAUGCCGGUUACAGAGGAUUUACUUACGACCGGUGGAGUCUCCACUACAAGCACACGCAGGACAACCACUCUUCGCACCAGGAGCGUCAGGAGAACCAGUCAGAAGCUUGGCAAAAAUGCCAGCCCAGAAAAAAGAUCUUGGUGUAUGCUCACAGUCUCGCUAAAUGUGCUCUUUCUGAUAACUGCUGACCACAUCAUGUAAGAACUUUAGAGAAUUGCUUCUAUCGUGAUCUUUGUAAAAGUUCCAAAAACAUACCUGAUCGCACUGCAUUUUUAAUAAUUUCCAUGCUCUGGGACAAAACAUAGUAUUGGAGCUAAAAAGUGUCUCAACCAUCUGAAAAGUGAAUUUUCAGAUAGGAUCAUAUCAUGAAUAUCAUAUAACACCAUUUUUCACAAUAGUUCUUCUUCUUA